ACUCAGGAUAGUGUUCAUUUCCUCUGGGUCCAGGUCUCAUCCUCUACCCAGCCCCUCUUCCUACCGGGAACCCGAGAUCUUCUUUCGAGGCUCACCUCCCCCCACAUCCGGGGGGUGAUUUCCCACUUGACCAAAGCGCCAAGAUUUGAGGAUGAUCACGGACGUGCAGCUGGCCAUCUUCGCCAACAUGCUGGGCGUGUCGCUCUUCCUGCUCGUGGUUCUCUAUCACUACGUGGCGGUCAAUAACCCCAAGAAGCAGGAGUGAGGCGGCGCGGCCCCCCUGCAGAUGGCUCUGUGCUGUGGAGGAAGCGUUUUCGUGCUCAUCUCUCCUGCCUGCUCAGAGCUGAGGAUGCCACAAGCCUGAGCCCCGGAAAGGCCUCCGAGGAACGCGGAGAAGCCUGCCACCAGGACCAAAAGCCUCGAAGAGGAUGGGAAGCAGCUGCUCCAAGGCUGAGGGGUUUGGGCCCCUAUUAAACAUCCCCCUCCUCUUUUGAGGCUAAACUGGCA